UCCACAAGAGGAAAAAGUUAUAUACAAAAAUCUCUGCGAAUUUCUGAAGUAAUUCUAACUAAAUCUCGCCGAAUAAUCGCUUUUUAAACCGUUAUGGAAGAGGAAAAAAUAAAUUAGCGACAUUAAUGACGUCACGACGAGCAACAAUAACCUUCAAAAUUCGUUGCAACUUUACCAGAAUUUCGAGUUAAAAUUCCAAAACUCGCCGGUAGAAAACAUGAAAGCCCUACAUCUCAUAUAAACCCCACACCAACAAACCAAACCCUUAGAGAAUCUCUUUAAACAUGGAGGACGAACUCGACGACAAGAUAUUCUAUCAAACGUACGUCUCCCACGUGAAAAUCAUGUCCCGCCUGGCCUGGAGCGUCCCCCUCAAGCUCUCCCACCUCACGUUCACCUCGCACGCCUGGCGGCUGCUCAAGCUCUACGUGCUCAAGCCGGAGGCCGUCAUAUUCGCUGCGUUGCUGCUGUUCGUGUUCGUCUACAUUCGAGCGGUCGACGAGUGGAGCAGGAACUUGCUGGGGAAGCUCCACUACACGAUCAGUAGGACCGGCAGGCGGACCAAAUUGGACGGGAUGGGGUUCUUUUCUUCGGCCGAUGUGGAGAAGGCUAGUUGGGAGAUGAAGGUGGGUUCGAUCGCCGCUUACGCCAUACAAGGCAGAAGACCAAAAAUGGAGGACCGGUUCGUCAUAAACGACAACAUAAACAACACCGGAGUGGCCUUGUUCGCCGUGUUCGACGGCCACGGCGGCGAAUUCGCCGCCAACUACGCCAAGGAGAAGCUCAUGCGCAACCUCUUCGAUAAAGUCGUCGAAAUCAAAGGUCUGAUGGCCGGAAAACCGGUCCCCGAACGUACCGAACAAAUCGAAAAAGACGAAAUAAAAGACCCCGAGGAACGACCGAUCGAUCGGAGAACCUACCGGAGGUCCAGCUCGACGGCGGACGAUUGCAAUAAAACGCGCAAGGAAAUCACCGACGUCCAAUUGCUGUCCAAAUUGGACAGCAUACAGCCCAUCACGAAGAAUUCGAAGCCGUUGAAAACGACGCCGAGUUUCAAGAAGAUACCGGUUAAUACGUAUUUGGACAAGGGCAUCGUGAAUUACGAGAAACUCUUGACUGAUGAAGUACUGGCGGCGGACGAAACGUUGUUGGAGAUAGCCAAGAAGAGCUUGGACGUCGCAGGCACCACCGCCCUGAUAGCCAUCAUGGAAGGCCACAAACUGAUCGUAGCGAACGUAGGCGACUCCAGAGGCGUCAUGUGCGACUCGAAAGGCGCCGCCAUUCCUCUCAGCUUCGAUCACAAACCCCACCAGAUGCGCGAGCGCAAGCGCAUCAAAGAAGCCGGCGGCUUCGUCACGUUCAACGGCGUGUGGCGCGUCGCCGGCAUUUUGGCCACUUCUCGAGCAUUGGGGGAUUACCCGUUGAAGGAUAAGAAAUUCGUGAUUGCCGAUCCGGACGUUUUGUCGUUCGAUUUGAACGAUCACCGACCGACGUUCGUGAUUUUGGCUUCUGAUGGGUUAUGGGAUACGUUUACGAACGAGGAGGCAGUGGGUUUCGUUAAAGAGAGAUUAGAUGAGCCCGAUUACGGGGCGAGGAGUUUGACGUUGCAGGCUUAUUAUAGAGGAUCUUUGGAUAAUAUUACGGUUAUCGUUAUUUGUUUUAGGGAUAGAGCUUAUGGGAGGUUUGCGAGUACUGAUGUCGAAGAAGCUGAUAGAGGGUAGUUUUUCUAUCUACUUAUUUGCGAUAUAAGGGGUGUUUGUUAAGUACUUUAAUCGGGGGAUGUGUUGACUAAUUUUGAGAUAAAAAGUGCGUUCUUAAAUAUUUUUAUUUGGGAGAUAUACAGGAUGUUGAAAGUGAAAUUGUAUUUCAGCUCAAAUUUAAACUCAGAAAUUGGAGUAAAUCUCUGUAAUUACGCUUUAAAAUUGUCCUAAUUGCGCUUCAAAACCAGAAGAACAAUUACACUACAAAAUUCAUCCAAAAUCGCUUCACAAUCAGAAAUUAUAGGAAAUACCCUUCAUAAUCGCAUCAAAACCUAUCUAAUUACGUUGUAAAUCAAAAAAUUGGAGCAAUUACACUUCAAAAUCUGCUGUAAAAUCGGUUCAAAACAAGAAAUAGGACCAAAUACGCUUCAAUAAUUACUCUAAUUACGCUUCAAAACCAGAAAAUUUGGGCAAUACAUUUCAAAAUUGCUCUAUGCUUUUGCGACGUGAAAAUUAAUACUAAAAUAUGAUCGAUUUAGUACAAAUUUUCAUUUCGAACGUUUGAUAAAUUUUAUUAUAUCGAGAACUUUAUCGACUUAUAUCCAAUAAGAUUUGCCUUGUUAAAUUUUAAGUACGCUUUUUUGUGAUACUUGUUAAUUGUUAACUUAAAACAAAAAAAUUAUAUUAUGAAAAUGAUUUUGUGUGAUGAUUCGUCUCGUUUAGAAUAAAUUGUAAUCGUGUUUUCUAGUUUGUUAAUAAAUAUUGUAAAAAUUUUUAUUUACAGGGUGUCCCAAUGAAAAGUAGCCCCUCUAAUUUUUAAACGCCUAAUAAUCAUAAAAACGUGCGGUUAUCUCAAAUAUUUUUUAUUUUAUUAUAAGUUUUGUUACAGUGACGCAAAAAUUAUCCAUUACCAAUAGAGGGUGUUUAAUCAAAAUCUCCCCUUUUAAAUUCACAGUAACCAUUUUUUUUAAAUGGAACACCUCGUAUAUGUAAAGGUAUGUUGAAAGAUAUACUCUUCUACUUUUCGAAAAUG